GCCCGUUGCUAUGGUAACCGUCUGUUUACACGCCGAGGACUUUGCGGCUGCGACCCGGACAUCCUGAAAGACCGAUUUAAGAAACAUUUAUUGUAGUUAUAUCCCCGAAACGCCGGAGUGAGGAGCGAUCCCUGAAAGUGCAGCUUGCCCUGCCAAGGACACAUCCAAUAGAAUCACAGGUUUCUGCAGCCGGACGUUCGGGGAGAAAUGUCCCACCUGACGAAAGCAGCACCCAAGAUCCUGCCCUCAGAAUGGCAUCAGGCAAACCAGGUGCAUUAUGGGAAUGCCAAUGCCGAGCUGUCGCGAUCGGAGCGUUUAGUUGCAGCAAGCAAAAGGCUGGUUGAAGAAAGUGACAAGGCAGUACAGCGCAUGCAACAGGAUGCCAAUAAGAGGCUGGAGCAGAGGAUACAGGAUAUUCGGUUCUGGAGGCAAGAGCUGAACCUGAGUCUGGAGAACAUGGUUCUGGAGGUGGAGGGACUGCUCACGCUCCGAACGAGGCUGGAGCGAGCGCUGGCGGGCUGUUCCAAGCCCCUGGAAGUCACACUUCAGUGUCUGGCUGAGAGGGAGAAGCGUGUGGGCAUCGACCUGGUACACGAUGAGGUAGAAAGGGAGCUGAAGAAGCAGAAGGAAGUGAUUGAGUCCGUGUCUGCACUGCUUCAGCGGACCCUGGAGCAAACUACCGAGCAGAUCCGACUGAAUCGCUCCAUGAAGUAUUGGCUGGAAAAGGACCUAAGGCACAAGUUUCAAGCUGAGCAGAUCGAUGAUCACUGCUGCAUCCUCAGCAGGAGCUCCGCUGAGCCCCCCCCUGUUGAAGGGCCCACCACAGCACCGGGAGCAACCGUGAUGCCGAAGGACUGGGAGUUUUUCUCGGAGCAGAACAUCCGCAAGGCGGAGCGUGAGAAGAGCAGCUCCGCCUCGCUGCGCGUCCUGGCUGAGAGCCUGCUGGAGCAGAGCGGCUCGGAUCUGCGAGACGCACAGCAGGCUGUGGAGGCAGCGCUGGAGCGCCGGGUCCUGGAAACCAAGGCCGCCAAGCAGCUGCUGGAGGAUCGCCUGUCCAAGGUUCUAGAGGAAAUGGGCAGCCUGGAGACGAGCAUGGCAGCUCUGCUGGGGGCCAUCGCAGACAAGCGGGCCCCGAUGAGUGUGGCCCAGGCCCGCCUGGAGACGCGAGACAGGAGGCCCCAUGUAGAGCUUUGUCAGGACGGCGCCCAGGCCCAGCUCCGCAGUGAGGUCCGGGAGCUCAGCGGCCAUGUUCAGAGGUGGGCAGAAGCCUUCAGGGAUGAGCGAGACCCUGUCACUGUUGAAGGCGGAGCUUCAGGGUCUGACUCGCAGACAGCUGGACCUGGAGGAGGAGAUCCAAGUCAAGGCCCACUCACUGUACAUCGACGAGGUCGUCUGCACCCGCCUCUGGCAGUCUGUCGUCACCCACACUUUCUGAGGUGGAGUCUGUGAGAGACAGACGGUGAAGGUCUCCAUGGGGAGGGUAGCCUGUUCAUCAGACAAACCUGAACGACAUACCUGAAUACCUGAACGACACUCCGGAAGACAGAUCUUUCAUCUUGGGUUUAGUUUUUCUUGCUGGGUGUGAAGCUGACACACAGCCAUCGCAUAACACAAUGCUGCUCACUGGUCAGGUUUUGAUAGUGUGUGACUCUGAAGACCAUGGUGGGGCCACUGUCUGUUCAGCUGGUCCUCACACCGGACAUGUCCACACACGGGCAAAGGGACACCACGCCGGACAUGUCCACACACGGGCAAAGGGACACCACGCCGGACAUGUCCACACACAGACACCACGCCGGACAUGUCCACACACAGACACCACGCUGGACAUGUCCACACACGGGCAAAGGGACACCACGCUGGACAUGUCCACACACAGACACCACGCUGGACAUGUCCACACACAGACACCAUGCAGGUGAUUCUCUAACUCUAAUUAUCUUUACUUUGAUCUAGCUGAUUAUGUUUCUAAAUCGUAAUAAAUGAAUGAAUCUUGA